UUAUGGAUCAACUAAAAGCUGAAUGGGUGGAUGCAAGUACAGUUAAUUCACAACAGCUUUCCGCCCCUGUGAACCAUAUCAAGGAGAGUGUUGAUGAGGCUGUUCCUGUUGAUGAUUCCGACAUUGUUACGGAUCCUGAAAUUACUUCCAAAUUGCACGGUGAACCGGUCACACCUACGGCAAAAAGACAGAACCCGGAUCCAUCCAUUGAAUCUACAAGUCAUGCAACACACAGCGAAGGAGAUUUGUCUUCGACUAAACUUAAGAAACCAACCAGGAUCACUAGGAAAUUAGUGAAGAUUGAAAAAUAGUUGAUAAUAUUGUCAUGGCUGCUAUUAUUUUGGGUCAUUUUAUGUAAGGAUUCUAUUUGGAAACUACAUAUUUUGUUGUAAUAUUAUAUUAUUAUUCGACUACUGUUCGAUCAAU